AUGGCCGACUUACCGAGUUUGAAUAGUACAACGUCGUUAUCAGAUAACGUUGCGUUGAGGAACUAUUAUGAAAAUUUACUAUUUAGAAAUAGCAGUGGUAAGUCUCUAACAGACCUUCCUAAGAAAUUGAAACAGGAAGCUACGGAUGGGAUUGAUCGUGGCAAAAACUCUCCAACGAUAGACUUCAUCAGUGGGUUUCGGUAUCCAAGUUACGGUACGAACACUUCGGAAGGAUCUUUUUCUGGUAGCCUUUCCGGUAGUAUGACUGGAAAUAUGGAUAGUACCGGAAGUAAUACUUCACAGUCGCAAUCUCGACCAGUUACUAUGGAUGCGGGACAUUAUUGGAUGGGGACAUCUGAUUCCGACGGUGGUUUGAUGCAAGCCCAGCAAUCGCAAUACUUGGAACUGGUCCAGCGGGGGCAGCAAGCUCAAAUGUUUAGCUUGGGAGCUAGCUAUGAGGGUCCCGACAGUAUGAAUUCAAUGGGGUCUUUGACUUUGCCCUUUCAGCCCGUUGGAGGGAUUUCCAUGCGGCCUGAAUCCCGCGAAAAUAAUAUUUCCUCUGUUGGUCCAUCGAGCGGUUCCGUUACAAUGUCGGGAAUGUUUGGUGGCGUUACACAACAACGUCAAGUUCCCCUUAGUGCCAAUAUGUCUCCAGUGAACAGUGCUGGAAAUAGUAUUUUUGGAAAUUACCUGUCACUGGAGAACAACGCCUUCGCACCCACACGUAGGUCCUCUUAUAUUUCGGACCAGCUAAUUCAUGGACAGCAGCAGCAACUACCUGUGAAUACAGUUUAUGAUGUUAACGCGCCAAGAGGCUACACCCGGCAGCAGAACAGUUUUGGGCAACAAACUCAAACACAGCAGCAGAAACAAAAGGCUUCUGAGCAACAGCAGCCAGUGCAAGUGCAAAUGUCUAAUCACUCUGCACAGUCACAUCUGCAUUCUAAUAUUGAGCAGGUAUAUAAAGAAACUGCACCGCAGUCGCAACCACAUUCGCAAUCAAUGCAGAGAAAUAAGCCAAUUUAUCCGCAGAAGCACGCUAGUGUGCCCCAAAUCAACUAUACUCCACCUGGAAAUAAUGGGGGCAUCUCUUAUAAUGAAGGCUCUACUGGUAAUGCUUCAGGGAAGGUACUGGAACCACAAGUCGGCACUUAUCCUUUGGACAACGGCUUAAUUUUAUGCAACGGUCGUAUCGUAUCCUCGCCAGAUUUGAAACAACUCUACAGGAGUAGCAGUAGCCACUACUUUUCUGCCAAGGAGUGCUUUCAAUUUAUUGAUGAACUCAAGGGUAUUUUGUAUGGAGAAAACUCGGCCUCUAUGAGUACUAGGAAUGCCAUGAUACUGAAGUUUGUUGCCUUUUUAAAGAACUGCAACCUAAAUUGCAACCCACAGUCUGAUGCUUUUGUUUCAAACAACCAACUUAGAAGAGCAUCUACAAGUGUAUACCUGCAUUACAAGCCACUGGUCCUUGUUGCUUUGAAGAACGGAAAAUUGGAAUUGCUUUCCCUUCCCCAAUCCACUAACUUAGAUAUGGACAAAGAAGACUUAGUUAUCAUUGAUGGUGAUAGAGGCAAGGACUUAGCAAUUGUAAUUGAACCGAAGGUCGAAAUCGAGCUUGCUUUGUUCAUCAACUUUUUGAAGAAGAAGAUUCAUUUUGACUCGCUCAUCACAGCUGUUGACCAGCACUACCCUAAUGAGCGCUUCAUUCAAGCCCUAAUGGAUAGCACCAACAACGGUAACGGCAAAGGCGAGCUUAACCACAAGCUCUACGAAGUUAUUGAAUUGACGCAAUUGAUAAUUCCCAGCAAGCAGGUUUUGCGUUUCGCUACCUCUUGGGAGGUGUCCACCAACUUGUAUAAUAAGUUCCAGGAUGAAUUGAAGGCACUCCACAUUGCACAUCUCAAGUUAAAGUCCUUGAAUAGUGGAUGUGAAGCGUCUGGAGCUGGGACAUCGAACACUAACGCGAGCGCAAAUAGCAAUGAGGGCAGUAAAAAUAAUUCUACCAAUAAUGCUAGUGGCCAGGCGCCCAACAAUAAAUCCUCCUUAAACAUCAAAAUUCUCAAUGCUGAAUUUCAGUUUGAUCGCAAGAAAUUGACUUUCUACUACGUGUGCCAGGAGCGCAAUGAUUUCCGCGAACUAAUCAAGGAAUUAUUCAAGUUUUAUAAAACGAGAAUCUGGUUGUGUGCUAUACCAAAUAAUCUCGGUAUAGAUAAGAAGUACUACGAUGAAAACAAAAAAGAGUGGGCCAUGUACCAGGAGAUGAUGAAACACUACGCCAAUGAUGACUUAACUGACUCCAAUUCGCAAAACGGACUCGUUGCUGCACCACCGCUGUACGAAAUUGAGUUGGACAAUUUCCAGCUUGGCGUUUACAAAGAAUUAGUUGCCAAUAUGUUCCCAUAG